AAGGGAAGUAAAGAGACAUCUUCGUAUGCAUAGCGUGAUUGCUAGACGUUGGUUUUGCACUGGGGCUCCACGGCCUUGGCUCUUCGUCGGCUUGGGCAAUCCCGGAGAUAAGUACAGAGGAACCAGGCACAAUGUAGGGUUCGAAAUGAUCGAUGCUUUUGCCGAAUCGCAAGGGAUUCCGAUGAGCACGGUCCACUGCAAAGCUAUGUUCGGGCAAGGUUUUGUUGAUGAUGUCCCUGUGUUCCUCGCAAAGCCUCAGACUUACAUGAAUCUGAGCGGCGAAUCGGCAGGACCUCUAGCUGCUUAUUAUAAGCUGCCUCUUAAUCGGGUGCUUGUGUUUCAUGAUGACAUGGACUUGCCAUGUGGGGUGCUUCGGCUUCAACUUAAAGGUGGUCAUGGAAGUCACAAUGGGCUGAAGAGCGUAAUAUAUCAUUUUCGUGGGAACAGAGAAUUUGCUCGGCUGAGAAUUGGUAUUGGCAGGCCUCCUGGGCAGAUGGAUCCCAAAGCAUUCUUGCUUCAAAAAUUCAAUAGGACAGCGAGGGAGCGGAUUGACGUCGCUUUGCAAGAGGGAGUUGAUACUCUGAAGCUUGUCCUGUCCAAAGGCUUGACAGAGAGUGCGAGAUGCUUCAACAGGGAACAAAAGUACAAGCAUAUAAGAUUGCAAAACCUGCCUACAUAAAAAAAAAUAGGUAUCUACUGUAGCUUAGACGAAAUUUCUUUUUUAAACUUUUCUCUUGGUCUGGCUUCUAUAUCUUUCUUCAACAGUGUGUGAGUGGCUCAUGUCUGCUUUUGGCUGAUAUCAUGGGGAGCAUAUUCAUUUUCCGAAGAAGAAUGUGAAAAUGCUGUAUUGCCAUCCUUUCCAUAAUGUUUGAUACUGACACAAGACAUGCUUAGCUGACUAGCAGCUUAAAGAUGAAGUUGCUUGAGUAAGUAUACAUGGAUGACUAUCAUUUGUAAGAAUUAUUUUACUGAUUAAGCCUAGUUAGUCUUUC